GAAUAUAAAGGCUGCUUGGCUUCACAGGCUACACAAAGAAAGAGAGGACCUCAACUAAAGAAUCAAAUCAAAGCUUAGAUCGCAGUAAUUGGUUAGAGGUACCGCACAAAAGAGGCAUCAUGUCGAUGGGACUGGAGAUCGGUGGGAUUGCCCUGGGCAUCAUUGGUUGGAUCAUUGGUAUCGUGGCUUGCGCUCUGCCCAUGUGGCGUGUGUCGGCCUUUGUCGGCGCGAAUAUCGUCACGGCCCAGGUCAUCUGGGAAGGUUUAUGGAUGAACUGUGUCGUGCAGAGCACCGGACAGAUGCAAUGUAAGAUUUACGACUCCAUGCUGGCCCUGUCGCAGGACCUCCAGGCCUCACGAGCCAUGUCCGUCAUCGCGGUCAUCUUGGGGGUCCUGGCUGUGAUGAUCUCCGUCAUGGGCGCCAAGUGUACCAACUGUAUAGAGGAUGAAGCAGCAAAGGCAAAAGUUAUGAUCGUGUCCGGUGUCCUCUUCAUUCUCGCCGGCAUCCUGGAGCUCAUUCCAGCGGCUUGGGUGGCAAACCAAACCAUUCGGGACUUCUACAACCCAAUGCUGGUCUCCGCUCAACAGAGAGAGCUCGGGGCAUCGCUCUACAUAAGCUUUGCGGCUGCUGCUAUGUUGCUGAUCGGAGGAGCGAUGCUGUGCUGCUCUUGUCCUCCACGAGAGAAGAAGUACAAGCCACAGAGAAUGGGCUACUCUGCUCCACGUACUAACAGCGGUGGAUAUGACAGGAAAGACUAUGUUUAAAAUAUUGUUAUCUCUGGGGAAAAGAAGAAGGAUCUCUUACAUAGAGUAUAAUUUUGAGAGGACUCCGAAAUGAAGGGUCGUACGAUGCUGUCAAUAUCCGCUUUACUGCUUGUGUGUGUGUUAUGGGCUGGUUUUGUGAUUUUAUGUGAAUCUCAGUGAUUUUAAGAGACAGUUUGAUGUGUUUGCUAUGUGUAUAACAUUCGCAUUUCAUUUUUUUUAUAUAUUUUUUAUUUGUUGUAUAAAUUUGAAUUAAAUUUGCUUUUUUGUUUUGUAUUUUUACGCCUAUAAAGUUUAGCAUUUCAGUUGCAUCAGCUGUUCUUUGUACUGAUGACACAAAAUAAUAAAAGGUUUAACCAGUUAAGUAAGUUUUUUAAGCAAAGCUGUUUCAGAUUCAGCCUGAUGCCGUAUAUAUUAUGAUGUAAAUAGACAGGGAGGAAAACUCUUUACAUGUAUUUGGUUAUGAAAAUUUUACUUGACAUAGAUAAAUAUAUUGUUCUUUUCAUUUGUAUCUCAGUGGAGUCAACUCAGUACCUGAGUCGUCAAUUUAUUUAAGUAAACACUUUAUAAACUUUUUGUCCAACUGUUUCACAGUUUGUAAAUAGCUAUUUGUUUCAAUUAAAAAAAAAAAUCAUUACAAUUGAAAUGCUGUCUGAUAUUUGUCCAUUGUGUUGCAUUUAUUAUUA